CAAAAAGAGAAAUUGGACUGCCUGACAUUAAAACAUUAGAAACAUGACUGUCUGUUGUAAAAUCUGGUUUCUAAUAUCCCAAUUGAAAUUAACUUCUUAGUCUCUUCUUCCAUCAAAGUAUAUUUUGGUAAAAACAGAGAUGGAGUUAAUUGGACAUUUGCAAACUUAUGAAUGGGGCAAGUAUGGAAAAGAAAGUGUGGUUGCAUGGCUAUAUUGCAAUAGUAUUGACUGUAGAAUUGACUCUGAGACUCCAUAUGCUGAGCUAUGGAUAGGUGUGCAUAAGAAUGGUGAAUCACGAAUUAAAGACUGCUUGCACCCCUUGUCAGAAUUUCUUUCUAAAAACACUCAUGUAAUCGGAGGACUGACUAGUGAAAUGUGGUGUUUACCUUUUUUAUUUAAAGUAGUUUCAGUUAAUAAAGCAUUACCAAUUCAAGUUCAUCCGUCCAAGGUUCAAGCUUUAGAUUUACGUAAAAGGAUGCCAAGAAUUUAUAAAGAUGUGAACCAUAAGCCAAAGAUGAUAAUUGCUUUGAAUGACCUUCAAGUACUAUGUGCUUUUCGUCCCUUACGACAAAUAAGAAGAUUUUUGAGAGAAGUUCCCGAGCUUGAAAUGAUUAUACCAAAAGAAUUAAUCAGGAAUUAUCUAAUAAAACCUAGAAAGGAGUGGUUCAUACAGAUGUUGCUUAACAUAUUAUCAAGGGAAGAAGAUGUGAUGGAAACUACAAUAACAUGUUUUUUGCAAAGGCUUGAAAACGAAAGCGAAGAAAAUAAAACUAGAUAUUUAUAUAAUUUAAUUAAAAAAUUUAGCGAAUGGUGUCCUAAUGAUGUAGGAAUAUUUAUGUGCUACUUCUUGAACUACUUUACACUUGAAAGUGGCGAAUCGAUAUUUAUAGCACCUGGAAUACCUCAUUCCUAUAUUCAAGGGGAUUGCAUUGAGUGUUCCGCAUGCUCUGAUAAUGUGAUCAGAUGUGGUCUCACCCCAAAAUUCAAGGAUAUCGAUGUCUUUUUGGAAAUUGUAGACUUGAAAUCGUAUACAAUCGACCAAUUGAUAAUGGAAGCAGUGCCAAGAACCUCUGGUACCGUUUUGGUCUAUAAUCCUCCGCUGUAUGAAUUCGGGAUCACUAAAAUCAUUAUUGAAAAAGGUGAAACAUUUCAAACGCCACUAUACGAGGCUUUUUGCACUUUCAUCGUGAUGAGUGGAGAAGGAGAAGUAGGAGAAGACAACGGGAAAAGGGCAAUCAAAGUGGGAUCGAUUUUUUUCUUAUUCGCCAACGAGAGGUACCUUAUAAGGUGUACAAAAGGAAACAAUAUGGUUCUUUAUUUUGCUUAUCCAAAUACAAGGCAGUAUUAUCAGAGUACAUCGAAUACUAUUGAUUAGUAUAAUAUUAAGUAUAAAUGAAAAUUUAUAUCAUAAGAAUUCCUUUAUGAAGGAAAAGGAUAAAAUUGUAAUUAUUUCUUCCUAUGUAUUGGGUUGUCCAGAAAAUAAUGCAGGAUUUUUUCCAGUGGUUCUCUCCAAAAGAAUUGCCAUGAAGUACUGCUGAUCCGGAUUUACACUAAGGCCCUUAUAUUAGUUGAGUAUUCUCAGGCUGCUCAUUUUGAAGUGCUGAAACCUGGACAAAGGGUGAAUGCAGACCUUUAUUGUGAAUAAUUUGGAUCAUGUAAAUCACUCUUUGAUUGUAAAGUGUCCAACGAUUAUCAACAGAAAAGGU